AUGCAUUCUUUACCUCGAUUGACUAGUUAGAGCAUAAAUUAUCAUAUUAACAAUUAAUCAGAUUCUUUAAGUAGUAGAAGAUUUCAUCUUGGAGAAAAUGUGUUAUAUAAAAUUCAUAAAUAAGCUUUAUCAGAAUAUUUGAAAUCUGGAGUAAUUGAUUAGAAAAUACUACAAUUAAAUUUACUGAAAAUGAGUAAACUUAAUAGUUAUGAUUUAUCUAUAUUAAAAGAUAUUUAUUCAUAACCUUAUUCAAGUAGAGUUGAUAAAUAAUAAGCAAAUAAUAUAUUAUCUAAAGUAAGUUUAAUUAAAUAAAUGCAAGAUAAAAACAUAAAGAAAUCCUAAAAGUAUUAAUUUAAAUGAAAAAAAUUAAAUUGAAUUAAGUUAAGAGGAAAUUGAUUUUAUGACAAUAGAAGAAUAAUUGUAAUAUUUAUAAUUUAUAAAAUAGAAAAUAAUGCCUAAGAUCUAAAAUAAAUACUUCUAAAGUAUUUAAUGGAACCUAUUUAAUAGAUCCAACAAUAAAUGAUAUUAAGAAAAUUAAUUUAAAAGGAAAGAGAUAAUUACAUCAUUUAUUAAAUAUGGAACCAAAAAAGAAAUUAUCAAAAAAAACUUCAGUAUUACAAAAGUAAGCUAGUAUCAUAAAUCCUUUAUAUUGUCGUCAAUCAUCAACUCAAAAUAUAGAAGUUGAAGAUGUUACUUAAUAUAUGUCAUCUAAAAUAUUAGAAUCUAAAGCUAAUAUUGAAUUAUUAGUUGAAUAAUUAAAAUAACCACAAAUUUCUGAAAAAUAAUAAUAUUUUUUUAACUUUGUAUAAAACUGUGAUUGCAAAUCUCUUAAUACUUUAUUUUAAGAUUAAUAUUUUGAUAAUUCAAUAAUUAAUACACCUGAUUAAGUAUUAAUAUUUAAUAUAUUAUUAGAAAGGAUUCUAUGCAAUUCAUAUAGCUAUAAAGAAAUAAAAUCCAUAAUUACUUAAACUUCUCUUAAAGAAUGGUGCUAGAAUAAAUGUAUUAACUAAAAAUGGAAAAUCAUUAAAAUAGCUAAGUGAACUUUACCAAAAUUAGGAAAUUAUGGAAAUCUUAGAAACAUAAAAAUACUAUAAAUGA